CACCGGGCUGCGCCUCCACACCCAGCUGGGGCAAGGCUGAUCCGGCCACAGGCAUGAGGGGCCCCCGGCCGAGAUGACAGUGCAGGCGCCCGCCUGGAGCCAGACUACCUCCCUGCUGCUGCUGCUGCUGCUGCUGCUGCUGCUGAGCCCCGGGCUCCGCGGGACCCCCGACUGCUCCUUCCAGUACAACCCCAUCUCCUCCACCUUCGCGGCCGCCAUCCGCAGGCUGGCCGACUACCUGCUGGAAGACUACCCGGUCACCGUGGCCUCCAACCUGCAGGACGACGAGCUCUGCGGGACCUUCUGGCGGCUCCUCCUGGCCCAGCGCUGGAUGGGCCGGCUCCAGGCCGUGGCGGGGGCCCAGAUGCAGAAGCUGCUGGAGAACGUCAACACCGAGAUCCACUUCGUCACCUCAUGUGCCUUCCAGCCCCUCCCCAGCUGCCUUCGCUUCGUCCAGACCAACAUCUCCCACCUCCUGCAGGACACCUCCCAGCAGCUGGGGGCCCUGAAGCCCUGGAUCACCCGCCGGAAUUUCUCCCGGUGCCUGGAGCUGCAGUGUCAGCCAGAGUCCUCCACCCCUCUGUCCCCGAGGAGCCCCAGGGCCUUGGGGGCCACAGCGCUGCCAGCCCCUCACACCCCUCGGCUGCUCCUGCUGCUCCUGCUGCUGGUGGUGCUGGUGAUGCUGGUGGUGCUGGUGGUCCGGUGCCUGCGCAGGAGGAAGAGGCGGCGGCGGAAGCACAACUCUGGGCAGCAGAGGACACAGAGGCCCAGAGAGAGGAGUCACCUGCCAGAGGACACAAAGCGGGGACUCAGAGGAAGUCAACUAGAGACUGGUCCCUUCCUUGGAGGCGCUGCUCCUCCUACCCUCUCCCCAGGAUGGAGGCAAUUCCAGCACCCAGCGCCAGCUCACGCCUUACCUGCCCCCCUCUGUACAAAGCCCUUGUCCCCAGGAGACUGUAUAUAAAUCAUCAUUUUCUACCAGC